CAAGCGAAGCCCCCACGCACACCAUCAACCUCACCCGGUUUGCGCCAAGGCCAGUUUCCGGCCCCAUGGGUGGCCUUGCGAGGUCGGAUCGAGAGUAAGACGAAAAUAGCGUCGAAAGCGAGAACAUGGGGUAUGCGAGGCGUCUGUUCUUGGACAUAAACAGUAAUCCUAACGGGAAAUGAUGGCAUCUCGAAGAAGAUAAAAGGACGAGCAUCAGUAUGCCUCUCAUUGUCGGUUUUUAUCUCCAUCUCCAUCAGCUUCAUCAUCAUCUCAACAGCAACACAUCCGCAUCAUCUUCCUCAUCAUUCCAUCCGCCUCGGCCUCCACAGCAACACAUCAACACGGCAUCUGCAGCUAAGUCAUCCACAUUUCCUUAACACCAUUCAAAAUGCGUUUCAACUUCAAGGCCAUCGGCAUCACUGCCCUCCUCUUCGGUGCCCCCGCCCUUGCGGCACCCGCCCCCAUGCCCGAGCCCGAGGUCGCUGUCGAGCCUAGGGGUAACGUGGGAAGCACAGUGAUUGGCGGCGUUGGCCUGGCCUGUGCCAUCUGGCGCCUGCAGUACGACUACAAGAACAACAUCAACAAGGACGCGGCCGCCGAUAUCAACAAGGCCUUCACCCUUGAGGCCAGCCGCCUCAAGGAGGUGACCAAGAAGUACAAGGACGCCGCCAAGACGAACGCGCCCAAGAUCGUCACCACCAUGGAGGGCUUCGAGACGCAGAUCAGCGCGUGCGAGCGCGACUACGCCAAGGCCAUGGUCAGUGCCGCCGGCGACAACAAGAAGCAGAAGGCGACGGCGCUCCAGUACUUUGGCAAGAUCGAGACCAUCGGCAAGUCCGUGGAGAAGGGCUGCCACCAGAUCACCGCCAGCGCCCCUCCGCCGCCUCCCCCGGCCGCUGGGGGGAAGAAGCGCCCCGGCAAGCGCAGCGUGCGGAGCCGCCGCGCCGCGCGGGCCCUGGAGUUUGCUGCCUAAGCUGGAGACAUUGGAGUGAAUUUGAUGGGUGCUGAGGAGCAUUGGGACAGGACAUUGGCUGGGCAGGCAGGCAUUGAGGGUUUUGCAUGGUUCGGCCUCUGGCUUUUCGGUAUGGGAGCAUAGCGCACGAGGGCAUUUUGGAGUUUGGCGUUUAUGCUUUUUUUUCUCUGGAAUCAAAUCUUCGAUUUCCCUUCUCACUUCAUUUUUGCGCCUGUCAGACCUCGGACAUAAGCCGGUGACCUGCGCUUUCUGUGAGAUACGCAUUCUGCCC